GAGAAGCAGCAGCACGCGUUCUCAAAAUCAAAAGCGGCUUCAAUGGGUCUAAGAACGCACGCGAGAGAGAGGACAGUUUUUGAAUGUUUUAUUUCUUAUUUCUUCAUUAGUCUUAACAAUUAAUCAAUACAGCUCGUGUGGGUGCUGUUCUCAUGGAGAUCAAGAACUGGAAAUUCAAUCGGCUUGGAGUUGUAAUCCUGUUUUUGCUAUAUCAAAAUUUGAUUCUCUGCUCUUCACUUAAUGAAGAAGGUAUGGCGUUGUUGAGGUUGAGAGAGAGGAUUGUGAGUGAUCCAUACGGUGCGUUGAACAGCUGGAAAAUGGAUUUUGGAGAGAUUGAUCAUUGUUCCUGGUUUGGUGUUGAGUGCUCUCAUGAUGGCAAAGUUGUCGUUUUGAACUUGAAGGAUCUUUGUCUUGAAGGAAUGCUGGCACCUGAAAUCACAAACCUUGUCCACAUAAAGUCUAUUAUUUUACGCAACAACUCAUUUACGGGGAUCAUUCCUGAAGGAACUGGAGAGCUGAAAGAGUUGGAAGUGCUAGAUUUUGGGUACAAUAACUUCAGCGGACCACUUCCACUUGAUCUUGGCAGUAAUCUUUCCCUGGCAAUCCUUCUGCUGGACAACAACGAACAACUCAGCAGCUUAUCGCCUGAAAUUCAACAUUUGGAUAUGCUUUCUGAAUUUCAAGUGGAUAAGAACCAGUUAUCUAAUGCAGUUAAAGGUUCAUCCUGCAACAAAAGAUCUAUCACAUGGAAUGCUGCCCAUACAGAAAAUGCAGUUCACAGACGACAGAUGCAAAACAACCAUAAACUCUUGCCUUCGACACCACCAUCUCCAAAACCUGCAACACCAACUGUAACUUCUCCUCCUCCUCCUACAAUGACUUCCCCUGCACCAACUCCAAGUGAGCCAUUUGGAACUUCCUCUGCUCCAGAUGGUUCUGCUUCACCUUCCAUUUCAGCACCAGCUCCUUCUAACUCAAGUGUUCCCAGAGUAGCAUUUGAAUCUUCCCCAUCAAAAAAACAUCAGGGUCCAAUCAUAGCUGGAGCUGUAGGGGGCACCUUAGUUAUUCUCGUUUCAAUCAUCAGUAUAUAUAUUUGUAAAAUCAAUAAGGUUUCUGUCAAUCCUUGGGCCACAGGAUUGAGUGGACAGCUUCAGAAAGCAUUUGUAACUGGUGUGCCAAAGCUUAAGAGAUCUGAGCUUGAAGCAGGUUGUGAAGAUUUUAGUAAUGUAAUUGGUUCUUCACCAAUUGGCACACUAUACAAAGGGACUUUGUCCAGUGGAGUUGAAAUAGCCGUGCUAGCUGUGGCCUCUGUCGCAGUAACUUCUGCCAAGGAUUGGUCAAGGACCCUACAAGUUCAGUUUAGGCAGAAGAUCGAGAAAUUAUCAAAAGUGAACCACAAGAAUUUUGUUAACCUUCUCGGGUACUGCGAGGAGGAGGAGCCUUUCACAAGAAUGAUGGUAUUCGAAUAUGCUCCAAAUGGGACACUCUUCGAGCAUUUACACGUUAAAGAAUCGGAGCACUUGGAUUGGGGAAUGCGGCUGAGAAUCGCAAUGGGCAUGGCUUACUGCCUUGAGCAUAUGCACCAGCUGAAUCCACCAAUAGCUCACAACAACCUGAGCUCUUCAGACAUCUCUCUAACUGAGGACUACGCAUCCAAAAUCGCAGAUUUCACUUUCUCAAACAACAUAAUUGCAACUGAGAUGGAACUAUCUAGCAAGAAGCUCCCAGAUCUGCCGUUGGCUUGCCUGGAAAAUAAUGUUUAUAAUUUUGGUGUCUUGUUAUUUGAAAUGGUUACUGGUAGGCUUCCAUAUUCAGUAGACAAUGUCUCACUCGAAGACUGGGCAUCAGACUAUUUGAGAGGGUACCAGCCCCUUAAGGAAAUGAUAGAUCCAACUCUGGACUCCUUCGACGAGGAGAAGCUGGAGAGAAUUGGUGAAGUAAUACAAUCUUGUGUGCAUCGGGAUCCAAAACGAAGACCGACAAUGAGAAACGUCACUGCAAGAUUAAGAGAGAUAACUGCACUGACACCAGAUGCAGCAAUCCCAAAACUUUCUCCUCUUUGGUGGGCAGAGCUUGAAAUUUUGUCCACGGAAGCUAGCUAAAAUACGAGCAGGCUGUAAGUAUGAGCUCCAAUUUUUUCGUUGUUUUUAGUAAUUGAGGCACAAAACCAGUUGCCUGUAGGCUUGUCGCCCUUGUACCUACCAUAGGCAAGGGAGACUGGUUGCUUGUAUAUAACGGAGUGGCCAUCUCUCGCUGUCUCUGUUUUUCUUUUCUUUUUUUCCUGUCUUGGUUCCAUUUCUUUCUUUUUUUGGUUGGAAAUUGGCUGGGUAAAGCUCAGCAUGGUGGCUUUCGGUCUUCCUAGUGGAUUCUGGUUACUUUUCCAAAAAGGGGUGGACAGAUUUCUUGUUUUUCUGGGUUGGAUACAAGAUGGAAGGGCUGAAAAUUCAUCCAUGUAACCAAGGGCAAAAAAGGUUAUUUGUCUAAUUUCAACAGUGCUCUGUAGAAGAAAAGGAGGUUGAUGAAA